CCUCACACAAAACAAGCAACUUUCCAAAGAAGGCCGCUGUGAAGACAAACUACUGCAGCGGACAUAUAAAAUACAUUUAUAUUGAUUACCCGUCUAUAAUCGAGAGAUUGUGCGUUUUAAUACAAGUACAGAGGCUGUGAGCUGGUAAUUACAGCAAUGAUGGCGUCCAGCUACAGCGCGAAAGAGGAAGACGGUCAUCACUCCGGAUCCGCGGGGCUCGGCGGAGCCGCCAUCCGGACUAGAAAGCCCGACAACACCGCCUUCAAACAGCAGCGGCUACCGGCCUGGCAGCCCAUCCUGACCGCGGGGACCGUGCUGCCCGCCUUCUUCAUCAUCGGCCUCAUCUUCAUCCCGAUAGGAAUCGGCCUCUACGUGACGUCCAAUAACAUCAAAGAGUUCGAGAUUGAUUAUACCGGGACUGACAUGUCCAGUCCAUGUUUUAACUGCUCUCAAAGCUUCAGCUGGAACAGCACGACUCCUUGCAGAUGUGUCCUGUUCUUCUCUCUAGACCAGCCUUUCGAAAGUAAUGUCUUCAUGUACUAUGGCCUCUCAAAUUUCUACCAAAACCAUCGGAGGUAUGUGAAGUCCAGAGAUGACAGCCAGCUCAAUGGAGACGAGCGCUCACUUAAGGAGCCAAGCAAAGAAUGUGAGCCGUACCGCACUAAUGAAAACAAGCCUAUAGCCCCGUGUGGAGCCAUUGCUAACAGCAUGUUUAAUGAUACAUUGGACUUGUUUUACAUUGAUCCCAAUGGAACAAAAACCCAAAUUCCAUUGAUGAAAAAAGGGAUUGCAUGGUGGACGGACAAACAUGUGAAGUUCAGGAACCCUGGUGGCAGUAACCCGAAUCUUACUGCUGUUUUUAUAGAAACAGCGAAGCCGGUCAACUGGCGCAAGCCUGUUUAUGAGCUGGACACUGACCCAGAAAACAACGGCUUCAUAAAUGAGGAUUUCAUAGUGUGGAUGCGCACGGCUGCUCUGCCCACCUUCAGAAAGCUCUACCGCAUCAUUCAGAAGAAGAACAACAUGGCACCCACGCUUCCCAGAGGCAACUACAGCCUGGAAGUCACCUACAACUACCCCGUGCGCAGCUUUGAAGGCCGGAAGCGUAUGAUCCUCAGCGCCAUCUCCUGGAUGGGAGGGAAAAACCCCUUUCUGGGCAUCGCCUACAUAACCGUGGGCUCCAUCUGCUUCUUCCUCGGCGUGGUGCUCCUCUUCAUUCAUCACAAAUACGGAAACCGCAACAACAGCUCUGAUAUUCCCAAUUAAGAUUGUGGAGUGCAUGCGUUCUGAUGGACACAGUGUUUGUGUCUGUGCGCUUGAGUAGCAUGCUUCGAUUGGAGUUUUAAAGGUGCAAGAGCAUUUGACCACUUGAUGUUCUGUUUAUUUAUUUAUUCCACUUCAAAGUUUUAUUUUAUAAUUUUAUUUUUUUUUUUCUGAUGAUGGUUGAUGGUUCAUUUCAAGCAUGUUUUGACCAUCGAUAUGCACGUAUGUCUGAGGCUGAGGUUAGUGUGAUAUUAUAACAUCCAGGAUAAAGACCAAGUUGUAUAAAGUACAGUGAAUUAAUGUAUAUUUGUAUUUCAUUGAAAUGGUUUUACUUUUGGCCAAAACUAAUGUUUAAACAGGGCAGCAUAAUAUGACUAUGUUUAACAGUUUAAUGUACAAAGAAUAAUUUCACUUUUCCUCGAGGUUCAUAAAGGCGAAUAUUGUGGCUCUGUUUACUUCCAAACUUCAUUGUGAUGCCAGAUUAUGGUAGGGAUCAAUAACAAUUACCACUAAACUGUAAGGAUGCUUGUGCUCUUUAAAGAAGCUUUGCUGUGUGUAAUUCAUGGCUUGCAAGGACCAAACGUUUCAUUCUGUGUCUAUUUAAUUGAAACUGUCUCGGGCUCAUUUUUGCUGUCAUGUCUUUU